AGCACCUCAGAUUUUUUCACCAGUGUCUAAGGUGGUUGGUUACGUUGAACAUGUGCUAAGAAGAGAGCUCUGGUGAUGGUUUCUGCAGAGACCUAGAAGCUAUAAAACCGGAUCCAUACCUCGGGCCAAUACUAAACACCUAAGAUAGAUGUGUAAAGAAGAAACAAGGUUUGCCUGUAAUGUCUCUCUUCGGAGGUCUGGGCUCUGGGAUCCAGGCUUUGAUGUACUAAUACAUCAGUGGCACGAAAAGGUCUGGCAGAUUCUUCUACAGGUCCAGAUGGAAGGACUCGGCUUCGGGGAAGUGAUGGAGACAGUGAAUGAGGUGUAUAAGAUCCCUGUAAUGAUUUCCAAGGGGAUGCUCCGGCUCUAUUCCAGUCACAUGGAGAUCCUGGCUGUAGUUGGAGUGUGUUUCUUUAUGUGGCAUAUGUUCAGCCUUCUUCAUUUCUUAUAUUCAAUGAUACAACAAUAUGCCAUUCCUUGCUUUCUAAGCAGGACCAAGCAUAUCAGACAGUAUGGAGAAUGGGCUAUAGUUACUGGAGCCACAAGCGGCAUUGGUAAAGCAUAUGCAGAGGAGUUGGCAAGUCAUGGUAUGAACAUCAUCUUAGUCAGCCGCAACCCUGAGAAGCUGAAGAAAGUAUCUGAAGACAUUGCUGCGACUUACAAAGUAAAAACUCGCUUCGUAGUGGCUGAUUUCAGCCUGGGACGUGAAGUCUAUCCUCAUAUUAAGGAGGCUCUGAGAAAUGUAGAAGUGGGUAUUUUAGUUAACAAUGCUGGAGUAUUGUAUGAUUAUCCAGAGAUCACUACAGAGGUUCCAGAAGAAAAACUAUGGGAAAUUAUUAAUGUCAACAUUGGCGCAGCUGUCAUGAUGGUUCAUAUAGUUCUCCCAGGGAUGGUACAGAGGAAGAGAGGAGCCAUUGUCAAUGUGUCCUCUGCAACUUGUAUGAAACCCACCCCUCUGAUGAACGUUUAUGCAUCUUCCAAGUCUUUUAUGGAUGCAUUUUCUCGAGCUCUAAAUUACGAAUAUUCUUCCAAGGGAAUCUUUAUUCAGAGCUUAGUCACAUAUUUUGUAAAGACCAAUAUUUUGCAAUUUAGUACAUUCUUGAAGACAAAGCCAUUACUUGUUCUUGAUGCUAAGGAUUAUGCUCGUCAAGCAGUAAGAACCAUUGGAAUAUCACACAGAACAGCAGGACACUUGUCUCACUCUAUCCAGAUGUUGUUAACUCAUUGGAUGCCAGAAUGGCUCUGGGUAGACAUAUUUACCUAUGUCAACAACACCCUCCGCAUGGUGCGCAAUCAGAAACCAGUGAAGUUAUAAAGAUCCACAAAUCACAUUUCUCCACUGUUGAACAUGUUAAAUAUUUGUGAGAGGGACAUUAAUCUAUAAUAAUAUUUCCUCUUUAUAGUCCAAGUAGAUCACAUUCAUAUUUUUCUUUUUUAUAAUUAUCCAUAUCUUUAGUAUCAUUAUUGGCUGUAUUCACUUACUAUUACCAAGUACUGCACAUAUCUUACUCUUUUUUUUAUUAUUACUACUUUUUUGACCAUAGGCCAUAUUUGUUUUUCUCAAGAUUUCAAUUAUAUAUACCGUAUUUAUCGUGGUAUAACGCGCUCCCGCGUAUACCGCGCACCCCUAAAGUUGCCCCGAAUCCU